AUGGCGGGCGUCUUAAGGUUCUUUCGGGGAGUCACAAAACUCUGUUCAAUUCGUGGGGUUUCGGAGAACGUCUGUCUUCGGUAUACCCACUUUAGUGCAGCUGCUGCAAUGUCAUCAUUCCAACAUAUUGACGCAUAUUUCAAGCUCCUAGAUAACUCCUUUUUGGAGUUUUCUCACCUCCAGGCUAUGUAUGAACUUCUUGAGAGUCCGUCUAUUGAUCCUUAUUUUAAGAUGAAUUUUUGGUCCAAGUUUGUUUUGACAUCAUUGGCAUGUGGUAAGGACAAAAUCGUGAAUUCACUCAUACUUUUCAUACUGGAACGGUCGGACUGUCACUCAAUUGCUACAUUGAUAACCGUUCUUAAAGCCCUUGCCCUACAAAAGCGUUUCAAAGAGUUUGAGUCCUUGUAUGCAUUGGUUAUGUCUCGUCUAUCUCCAACUGAUGUCUAUGUUUAUGCUGCCGACGUGUCUGCUGCACUUUGUCUCACCCCCUUCUACAAAGAAGCGAGAGGUUUUCUGCAUAUGAACUUUGAAAGGAAAGUCCCAAUUGAGACUUUUGGUCAUUUCUUGUCUGCGGCGGCAAUCUACGGUCCUUUGGACGAGGUCAUAUCUUUUAUCUACGAAUUGCAUUCCAUGGGACUCAAUCCUACGCAAGAUUUCUACCCAGCCUUCAUAAAGCGUUUACAGGGUGAUGAAGGAAUGCAUUAUAUGACCUCUUUACUCGAAGCAAUUAGUAGCUGUCAGUGCAUAUUAUCGAGUUCCACUGCCCUUCUCUUGAAAGACUGGUUUGAAAAUCACGGAUGGCGUGGGACAAUGGGCGUGACUUUGACAGGGAGCAAUGACGAUGCCUUUAUGAUAUACCUGGCCCUUUGGUCAGGUCCUAACUGCUACCUCUUCUCUAACGACGAGUUUCGCCAGCACCGUUUCACUCUGGGUACCGAUGCUAGUCCCCUGCUGGCGCGCUGGCAAGCUGCUCGUCAAAUUUCUAUGCGUUCCACACGUCCCCUCAUCUUCCUUGGUCCUGCCUUAUGCGAUCCCACUAUACAGGGGAGCAUGACGGAGGGUUGGCACAUCCCGUAUGAAUCUGGAGGUCAACGUCCUUCCUACUUGCCCUCAAACACCUGGCUUUGCCUCCGUCCCUAA